UCUAGUUGUUCUGUGCGCUGACCGUUUAUUUAAUGAUAAAAUAUGUGGAACUGUAUUUAGAGAUCGUUGUCCAGAAUUAACAGAACUUAUAAUUUGCGGUUCCAACUCCUGUUCUCAGGCUGCCCCUUAUCAUGCUGUUAUCCAGUUUAACACAAAAAACCGAGUCAAGAGAGAUGAUGUGGAACCAAGAGUUAUAGUGCAAGAAGAAACUGAAAUAGCUCCUUUUUGUGGCGCCACUCUUAUAAGUGAAAAGUUUCUUUUAACGGCUGCACACUGUCUACACAGUAACAGAGAAUCGCGGAGUGUCUGCUCAGUUCCAUUGCUUACAGCAGAAAAUUGUAGACCUAAUUGUCCAAUAGGAUGUCACAGAGUUCUCCCCUCAGAACUCCAGGUAUUCUUUGGGAUGACGAGCUUAAAAAACUCUUUUGCCCAGCCCUCAUCUGUCAGAAAAAUACACUUGCACCCCGGAUGGAACCUCAGUUCUCGAGACAAUGAUAUUCUGAAGGGUCAUGAUAUUGCUCUCCUGGAAAUGACAAAUCCUGUCUCCUUCUCAGAUGCAAUAUGGCCGGCCUGUCUUCCAGGACCUGCUGAUACAUACCUAAUGGAGGCAGAAACCCCAGUUUCUGUGGUCGGGUUCGGCAUGGUCAAUGUGUCAUCUAAAGCCAACUCAGACAUCUUACAAAUGGCGAAAAUGAAGAUGGUUUCCAAAAAAAACUGCAACUCUAAACAAAUCUGGAACAUUCAGGGAACACAGAUAUGUGCUCUAGGGGACGGAGACACCAUCUUAGGAUGCAAGACAGACUCAUGCAAAGGGGAUUCAGGUGGUGGACUGAUUGCUUCUAGGUUCGGGAUGAGAACCAUAAUUGGAAUUGUUUCAUUUGGAGAAACAUUUUGUGGAGAUGGUCCAAACCCAAGACCUGGAGUUCAUACAAAUGUUCUUGAUCACAUGCCAUGGAUCGUAGCCACCAUUCAAGGACUCAACUAUACAAUGAUAGAUAACAAGAUUAGCACAGUUGAAUCUUCUUUUACUGAUUCUUCAUUUGCGGAUUCUUCCUUCUUCACAAGACCAAAGAUACCCCCCCUAGCCCCAGGAUUCACCAGCACAUCAUCGUUUAUUAAGGAUGGUUCAUCUCAAUCCUUUAUCAAGGAUGGCUUAUCAUCAAGCUCCGUCAUGAAUAGGCCAACAUCAACUUUUGUUACUGAUGGUUCAUCAUCAUCCUUCAUGAAAGAUGAUUCAAUGCCAUCCUUUAUGAAAGAUGGUUCAACAUCAAUCUCUGAGUUCUCCAAACCUUUGACAGUACCAACAUGGACAUCAUGGUCCUCCUGGAGUGCUUGUUCUGUUACUUGUGGAUCAGGAACCAGAACUAGACAAAGGGCUUGUAUACACCCCAGUUUCCAUCAGAGUGAAGAUACUAGAAAUGGACCCCAUCAUGCUCAAUGCCCAGGUGGCAAGGAACAGUAUCAAGAGUGUAGUAUAAACCCCGAGAGCAGAUGUUCUGUACCACUUCAGCAGCCAGGGAUUGUGGGUUGGCUGUUUGAUAUUUUAAAUCCAGUUCUGCCACCACCACCUCAACCUAUCAUACCGAUUGGACCAUCAUUUGUUGAAGGAAGUUCUGCAGGUCCUGAUGAACCAAUUGGAGAUUGCAGAAUGAGCUGUGUAGGCUGGCCAUACAAACAGUGUGAAGUGAGGUUGGUAAAUCCUGAUGGAUUCUGGCAGUCUGCUACAUGCUUGAACCCCUACUACAGCAGAUCAGCUCCAGAGAAAUAUGUCAACUAUCCAAAGUGCGGCGAACUACCUAAAGGCUGUCAACGAUGUGACGAUGUGUGUGCAAGAAGAGAUGGUCUACAAGACAGGAACGGAUACUGAUAAAUGGAUGAUACAGUUUACCCGACUGGAAUUGAAAUAUUAGAAUCAUGUCAGUUUUCAAAGAAGUCAUCAACUCUACCAUUGAGAACUCUGUUCAUUUUUAAUUCAAAACUUAAGGAUUGUUAACGUUAAUUGAUUUUUCCAUUAAGCGUAAAAAAAAACUUUUAUCAGUUUACA